CGGGGUGGGCAGCACCGCGCAUGCGCCUUAGCCCCGCGCUGCGUCUCGGCCGUCGCCCGGUUGGGAGGCGCGGGGCGGCCGUUGUCGGUGAGGCCGCCGCGGUCAUGGGGCCGCCGCGCCGCCUUCCUGCUCGCGGCCCGGGGCUCGUGGUCGGGCUGGUGCUGGCGCUGUCGUGGCUCGGUGGGACGCAGGCGCAGGGCAUGUGUGAGCCUCCAGACAGGCUGCAGUCUGCAGAACUUGAGGAGAAAUUCAGCACAAUGAACAGUUUUCCCAUUGGAAGCACGGUGUCGUACAUCUGCCGGCCGGGAUAUGUGAGAAUUCCUGGAAAAUCAUUAACUCGGACGUGUGGUGAAGACUUCCAGUGGUCACCCACAGAGGAGCUCUGUACAGAGAGAAAAUGCAAGCAUCCAGGAGAACUGGGAGAUGGCUUUGUUAACGUGACAGAUCUUACAUUUGGUUCAAAAGCUACUUUUUCUUGUAGAGCAGGAUUCCGAUUGCGAGGAGCUAGUGAAAUUACCUGUGUAAUUAAGAAUGAAGGCGUUGACUGGGAUAGAGAUCUUCCCCUUUGUGAAAGAAUUCCUUGCAAACCUCCUCCAAGUAUAGCCAAUGGGCACCACACUGAAGCAGCCAGCUAUGUUUAUCAGACCGCAGUAACCUAUACGUGUGACGAGGCACCAAAAGGCGCAGAUCCCUUCUCGCUGAUUGGCUCAGCUACUAUUUUCUGCACAUAUGAUGCAGACUUAAAUGGUGUUUGGAGUGAAGAACCUCCACAGUGUAAAGUGGUCAAAUGCGAAAACCCGAAAGUUGAAAAUGGAAAAAAAACAGGUGGAUUUGGACCUCUCUAUACCUAUAGGGACUCUGUCAUGUUUGAGUGUGAUCCAGGCUAUGUCAUGAAUGGAUCAGAGGUAAUUUUCUGUGGAGAAGAUAACACCUGGUCUCCUCCAAAACCAACUUGUAAGAAAAUUACUAGAAGUGUGUGUGGUGCCCCGGAGAUCACACAUGGAGUAGUGAUUCCAGCAAAAUCGGUGUAUGAAGGAGGAGAGUCUGUUCAGAUCAAGUGCAGUGCUCACUGUACUUUCCCUCAUGGCGCUGAAGAGAUGACAGUAACUUGCCAAGGACAGAAUACAUGGAGUUCUUUACAAGACUGUGCAUGUGGGCCUAUGAGUUCUGGUUUGACUCCACAUAUAAAUUAUGGUAAAGUAAUUGAUGGACAAAAACCUGCAUAUUCUGUGGGGGAUAUGAUUACGAUUGAAUGUUACACAGGCUACACGUUACAUGGGGAAGCUCGAAUUCAGUAUAUUGGAGAAAAUCGCUGGGUUCCUGCAGUGCCAACGUGCCAGUUAAGUGCCUAUAUUACAGCCAUCAUUUGUGUGAUUGUGGCAGUCAUUGUGUUCCUGGCAGCCUUCUGGGCCUAUAAGAAGUUCUUUGCACAAAAUGGGAAACGUGACAGCACUCCAUGUACUGCCGAAUAUAAGAUCUGUAAAGCAUGAAUGACCUUUUUUGGGGGUGGGAGGGAAUUUGCAGUUGAAUGACACAAUCAGGAAUGGAAAAUGAUUGCACUUGCUUAAAGUUCCUGUAGAUUAAUAUCUUGUAUCAUGUCUUAGACUACUGAUUAUCGUAGAUCAUUGAUAGGGUAAAACAAAUAUAUAUGUAUAUAGAGAGAGAGAUACCUGCUUUUCUUUAUGGGCCACUCAUACUGUCUUUUCUGUGUAUGUGAAAUGGUCUUGAAGGCCCAUACAUGUGGCAUGCAAAAGUGUUUGUGUCUGUGGGAGCACUGAAUGUAUCCCUGUCCCAGUACCAGCUCCUGCUGCCUUCAGUGCUACCUCUUUUCUUACAGAAGACUAUCCAGUUCUGCUUACUAAAACCUGAAUGUGCUUCUCAUUCAGUUUGGCUGUUUGAGGUGCUCUAAAAGAUGAUGUUCUCUUUGUGUUCUGAAAUGUUUUAUUCUUAUUUCCCUGAAGCAGUCGGUGCCAUUUAAGGUUAUGUUUUUUGAAACUAGCAUAGUUUAGCUCUUCUAUAUGCUACCUCUUUGUUUGCUAAAGUUGAUUUCUGUAUAUCUGAUUAAUUAUUUGUGCCUUUAAAUCAAGAGUUUUAUAUCUUUUCUGUUGCCUUUAAGAAGGAAAGAAGCCAUAUAUGUUUCUGGCCUUUUGAUAUAGUCCCAGAAACACUAUAGUAGAUUAGUUGGAAUGGAAAACUGAAGGUUUCUAUAGCAAAAGGUAUCCCCUGCUUUUGAAUUCUUGGCCUCUUGACAGAAGGUGCUUAAUUGAAGGAACUGCAAUCAGUGGUAGCUAUGUCCUAUUGGGAGUGCACAGUAAGGUCCUUGGGAUGCUUGAUUUUUAUGGAGCCUUGAUGGCAGUUUUGAAGAUCACAUUUGCUUUCCAGGAUAGGGCACUGCGUGGAUCUAGCUUCCUUGCUUUUUUCACUUGAAAUAAUGUAUUCCAUGUUCCCAAUCUGUGUAAAGACUAUGAUGCUAAAUUUAGCUCUGUAACGCUAGAUUUAGCAUUAAAUAUCUGUUGAGAAACAGAAGCCUUUCCCUGUCAGACUCCCUUCUCUUUCCAUGUUAAAGGAAU